AAACUGAAUUCAUUCACAGUUUCAUCAUCACCAAGCAUCGUUAUCAAACCCAAACCAAGAAGUUCAAACUACAGAGUCUUGAGCUUUUAGUUGAUCAAUAAAUCAAUCAUGGAGAUGAGAGGAAGAAGACCGAUUGGAGAAAGAACCUCUACGCGUCAGCUUGUGUAUGUAGACUUCCACCCACAUGCUGAUUGGACUCAUGAUUCAAAUAGCCAUGUCCUCCUUAUUGAUCUUCCGGGCUUCAAGAAGGAAGAGGUGAAGCUAGAAGUAGACAACAAAGGUAAUGUAGCUGUCAGUGGAGAGAGGCAGUUGACUGAAAACAAAUACAAGCGUUUCAAAGUGAACUAUAACUUACCCAUAGAAUCAGAUAUCGAUAAGAUCAGUGGUAAGUUUGAUAAUGGCCUCCUCUUCGUAAUCAUCCCAAAAAAAGAAUAUGUGAUAGAGGAAGAACCAAAGGAGCAGCCCCAGAUUGCAGACACAAUUGCAGAACAGAAGAAACAGGAAACAUCCAAAACUGAAGAGAAACCAAAGAAAGGGGACCCAAAACAGGAAACAACCAAUACUGAAAGGAAAACAAAAGAGAGUAAGAACAAAGAGGGGAAAGUUGGAUUAAAUGAAGAUGGAGGAAAGAAGGAUGAGAUAGAGUUUAAGUUUGGUUAUUUAGGAAGUGCAACUGAGAUGAUCAAUAGGAACAAGGGGAUGGUUUUGGCUGCCAUUUUAGGAUUUACAGUUGGGAUGUAUUUAUCUCAUAAACUCAGGAACUAACCUGUGGCCAAACCCUUUACCCCUACUUGUUUCUCUCGUCGUGUACCAAAAACAAUGUGGUUGGUGGUGGAGGAAGAUGAUGUCCUCAUUGUUGUACGUUUUCACUGACUUGUGGAUCUCUCUGUAACAUGUAUACUUGUGAUUAUAUGAAAUAAUAACUUUGAACAUUUAAAAA